AUGGGGCCAACACCCAACGUGGCCACUGUUAGCGUCAAUCUUACAGCAAUCCCAAAUACACCUCCCCCAACAUCGCCACCAACAGAGGAACCAACCCCAGAACCAACCCCGGAACCAACCCCGGAACCAACAGAUGAGCCGACUCCAGCGCCAACAGAAGAACCAACUGUUGAACCAACAGCUGUUCCAACUGGCCAGCCAUCAUUCGAUCCAACCCAAACGCUCCCAUCCUUCUCUCCCACUGCCAUGUCAGCAUGCACUGAACCACUUCAAAACAUGGAGGCCACGAUGAUAGUAACGCUUUCAGGAGAUAGUACUUCCAAACAUAACGUUUACUUCGCCAAUGCCUUCUUGAAUGCAUCAAAGUCAGUCGAAUCCACAUGUUCGGUGGAAGUGCUGGCUGUCACUGUCCAAAGCAGGACUUCACAACGGCGUAGCCUCCAGGGAGCAGCUGUGAGUGAGGAUUUGGUGUUCCUGGCGAGUGCUAACCUAGUAUCCCUGGCUGCAUUCUACAGCAAUGAUUUUGUCGGGCCUUUGUCUGAUGCAUUCAAUGCCAUCGUCCGGAAUGCCAAUAUGGAGGCAUGUUUUCAAGGCUCUUCACUUUGCCCAUCGGCCUCUCCAAGUUUAACGCCUUCCAAUAAUCCUUCCGGGUCCCCAAGUGUUAUCCCAUCCCUUUCACCCUCCACCGACCCUAGCCCAGUCCCAUCACUUGUGCCCAGCACCCAGCCCAGCACCCUGCCCAGUUCCAAUCGACCUAGUGUUGAUGCAGCUCUACUGGAUAUUCCAACUGCUCAAGCUACGUAUGGUCCCAUCCACAGUUGGUGCUUUGAAGAAAUGUCCUUUGGCAGACUAUUUAUGGGUGAUGACAUGCAAUCUUUCUCUCAUAACAUCACUGGAUGGGAUGUUAGCAGAAUCACGAGCAUGUAUAGAAUGUUCAGGGGUGCUACAUACUUCAACCAAGACAUUUCUUCGUGGGAUACAGGUUCAGCUACUUCCAUGCAAGGCAUGUUCUUUGGUGCAGCCACCUUCGAUCAAAACAUUGGCGGAUGGGAUCUCAGAUCAGUUACAAAUAUACGAUGGAUGUUCAAUGGAGCUACCAGGUUUAAUCAAGAUAUUGGUGGCUGGACGGUGAGCAAAGUAAGGUGGGUUCGGGACAUGUUCAGCGAUGCCGACUCCUUCAAUCAAGAUAUUUCUGGUUGGGAUGUGGCAAAAGUUUUGGGAAUGGCGAAAAUGUUCCAAGGGAACGAUGCCUUCAACCAAGACAUCAGUGGCUGGGAUGUGUCAAAGGUCAACAACAUGUUUGGGAUGUUCCAGUCUGCAACAGCUUUCAACCGGGACAUCUCAAGUUGGGAUGUAAGCAGAGUUACAAGCAUGUUGCAAACCUUCAGAACUGCAACAUCAUUCAACCAAAAUUUGUGUGCUUGGGGUGGCAAGGGGUCAGGGUGGAAUAGCACCUUUUCAGGAAGCGGCUGCACAGAGCAAGGAGACCCAACAAUACAGUCCGAUGGGGUAACUUGGUCUCCUUUGUGUCAUGUUUGCCCAGUUCCCAGUGGAUCUCCAAGUCAAAUUCCCAGCUUGCUUCCCAGCAAGGCUCCAAGCAAUGUUCCUUCUGGAGGACCAAGUCAUAGACCAAGUCAUAGACCCAGUACCAUACCCAGUUCUGCCCCAAGUAAAUCCCCAAGUGGCAAUCCCAGUGGACCUCCAAGUCAAAUUCCCAGCUUGAUUCCCAGCAAGGCUCCAAGCAAUGUUCCUUCUGGAGGACCAAGUCGUAGACCCAGUACCAUACCCAGUUCUGCCCCAAGUAAAUCCCCAAGUGGCAAUCCCAGUGAAUCUCCAAGUCAAAUUCCCAGCUUGAUUCCCAGCAAGGCUCCAAGCAAUGUUCCUUCUGGAGGACCAAGUCAUAGACCCAGUACCAUACCCAGUUCUGCCCCAAGCAAAUCCCCAACUGGCAAUCCCAGUGGUUCUCCAAGUCAAAUUCCCAGCUUGAUUCCCAGCAAGGCUCCAAGCCAAGCUCCCAGUCCGAACUAGUUUGGUUCCAAAUGACCACAGCCGAGGUAAGAGCUAAUUAACAGCAAGCAGAGGUCCGAACGAAGAAGGCAAGGAAACCGCAACAGAGACACAACUGUGGGCUUGCGCAAUCAACAAACCAUAUGUUUAACUUCGAAUUAUAUAGGCACAACCACCUGUCUCUUUUCCGUA